AUGAUGCCACAACACUCUGCUUUAUCCUACAACGGAACGUCCUCAGCUCCAAUGAUGACGACUCAAAGAAGUCAAAACGGAAGAGGAAUGAACUCCGGAAUGAAUACAAAUAGUGGUGUUGGUGCCGGCAAUACAUCAUCAUCAUCGGUAUCAUCACAGCAUCAACAUCAUGAUCACUUUGCAAGAGAAGUCUUACAACGUGUCAUUGCAGAUGCUUGUAGAUAUCAUGGAUUUCAUGCCAUCAAGAGCAGUGCUAGUGAUUUUUUGAUUGAUCUUAUGCAAAGUUUAAUUCAAAAUAUUGCUUCUUCAAGUGUUGAAUACAGUACUCAUUGCGGAAGAACGGAAGUGAAUGUUUUUGAUGUAGAGAGGGCUCUUAAGCAUCGUAUGAACAUCGGAGUGAAUGAUUUACUUUCUUUUAUGAACGUUUUACAGGAUAAAUCGCAGGAUGAUUCUGUUGAUUUGGCUACUUUUGAAUUUGACAUUCCUGAUAUUCCAAAAGCGACAUCAUCGAGUCUCAUGUCAUGCCCACAAACACAUUUUCAUUUACUCUAUAAAAACAAAGGCAAGACGAUCAUGUUUGAUGAAGAAGAGGAAGAAGAACACGAAAGACAAAUUCAACUUAUUGAGCAACAAAAACCCAAGUUUUUACCAUCACUACCUCCAAAGCAUACAUUUAGAUUUACGCCAAUUAUGAAUAAGAGAACAAGAGACCAAUAUAAAAUUCAGCUUGAAAAAACAAGACAAAGAAGACAUAUUGAGGAGUCCCUCACUCGUUUGCACGAAGCUGAGCUUAUUCAAGUACAUGAUUAUCUCGAACAACAGCAAAAAGAACUUCAACAUGUGGAUCAUGCUAUUAUUCCUCACGACCAAACUGCACUGAUAAAAACCAAGAAGAAGACCAUCGUGCAAAAGAACGAUGUUUUAUUGCAUUUGGACAAGAAACCAGCAAGUCUUGCUGGACAAAGGAAAAAGAAGCCGGAAGACGAGCAAGCAAUGCCAAAUCAAGCAGAAGAAGAAGAAGGAGAGAUGGAAGAUAUCACACAAGACGAAACUGCUACCACUGUCGUCAAUCCAUAUUUGCAAAUUGAAAAACAAAGAGUAUCUUUGGCUGUACAGAGAAACGUGACUCAAAGCACAACAAACCCAAUCAAUGUGAGUCGACUGACAUCCAUUUUGUCAACCCCAAAAAAGAGUCACACUACCAAAAAACCAUUUAUUUCCAUGAUAACCAGAGACGACAGUGCUGAGGUACAAGCAUCAAAAUUAUUGAAAAGUGGUGCUAUUGCAAAUCAACUCGCAUCUACAUCGAAUGAUGAAGAUUUGGAUAUUAGCUCAGAAGUGAUUCCAACCAAACAAAAGAAAUCUCUUGGAGUCAUUGAGCCAGCUUCCAUCAGAGCAUCCACCAAUGACAGUUCCCUCAUGCCUCCUCCUUCCAAUCCAAUCUCUCAAUUUGCUCCUUCACAAAUGAAUCUUUCAUCAUCAACCACCAACCCAACAUCCUCUGCAGGAAAUAGUUUCCAACUCUCCUCUUCAUUUGGUACUAUAGAGCCAAUUUCCCAACCACCUAGUAGUACGUCUGUACCAUCGUCAUCUGAUAUUGGAAAUUCGAGCUCUUCAACGAACAAUGUGGCAAACAGUGGAGAUGACGACGAAUUUGAAGAAGUUGAGGCUGGUGAGCCCAAUUCAAAAAAGUUCAAAUUUUAA